AUGAUCUACCAGGAACGACUACAGAAGUCAGAUCUCUUUUACGGUCUUAACAUUGCCCACUUGAAAUUCUAUGGGCUUUGGGAUGGAAUCAACGAUUACAGAAGCACUCGGAAAACGAGUAGGAUGUUCAAGCUCAACAUGACACUGAGUACUCUGUAUGUUUUCCCUUAUGUCGAUCAGUGUGAUUUGGUCGAUUUACUAAGAGUCGAUUUUCUGUCAAGUAUCCCUGACUCGAAGAGACACCACGUUAACAGCAUUUAUCAGCAGAAUGCGUUCAGGUGUAAUAUUUUCACUGUCUUGGCUUUUACUGGGAACGUCCUCACGAUUAUAACGUGGACCAUCUUGCCAGGAUUCGACACGGAGAAGACAGGAACAGGAAGGAAGAAGAUUUUGAGUGGCUGGUAUCCAGUUCCAUAUUCGGAAAGUCCUUGGUAUGAGAUAGUUUUCGGGUACGAGGUGAUCCUGAUUUGCUGGCACGGCUCGUUGGUAUCUCUAUACGAGAGUUUUCUUCUAAUAUUGUUGGUUGCUCUGUAUUCUCACUUCAUUGUCCUUGGCUACCACACAUCUACUCUGAAUAAAAACUACAAGGGCUUGAUAAAAACUAAAGAUGAUGCCACUAAUAACAUUGCUUUUAACAUGGAAUUAAGAAAAAUCCUACUGGAUUACAAUAAACUGCUAAGAUAUUCCCACCUACUUCAAACCACAUACAAUACAAUUACUACCAUCACUCUCGGCCUGGAUAUAUUAGUGCUUAUACUCACAAUUCUGUUCUUAAUGUUUGUUUCCAGCGAUGCGCUUUCUACUUUCAAAUUGAUGAUGUACUUUUCUUUUGCACUCAUCGAAAUCACGUUAUUGUGCGUUUCAUCCUCUUUUGUCGAAUCCGCUAGUAUGGCAAUACAAGAUAGCGUCUACAGCAGUGACUGGUACUCAGCCGAUAAGGCGUUCGCUACCACGGCACAAAUGAUUAUGAUAAGAGCUAAGAGACCUGUUACUUUAACUGCUCUUAAAAUGUAUCCAGUUAACAUGGAGACAAUGAUUGCAAUCUUUCGAUUUAUCUACUCAGCAGUGGCAGUUCUGUCAAAGAUGAAAGAAUAAUUUCAUUACUUUUAAGAGUUCUAAAAUAGCUUUGAUGUGUAUGCUUUCGCAUGCUAAUUUUGUAGGCUAGUAUAAUUUAUUGAUAGAGUGAAAUUAUCAGCUUGAAUGUAUGUAGAAAGUACCACUAAUAUUAUUUAUUAAAUUACGUAUGUUCUAUUAAUAGUUGGAAAUAAACAAUAGUGA